AUGCCAGUCGAACCCAACAGCUCUGCACCUGCUUCCUAUUCUGUUUCGCCCGUCACUCUACUUGACGCCUCCGGAAAAGAUCCUUUCGAUAGCUUGCCGGUAACUUGCACGAGAGAGGAUUUCAUAUUAAUGGACUGUUGGACCAACAGAUUGACAUACUGGUCAGGCGAGCCUAGACUUAUCAAAGACCAAGUCUUCCGGGCGGUCCUCAAUCAUCCCCUGCCAUUUCAGUCGAUUGUCCUCGCAUAUUGUUCUCGGUGGAGGGCACAUGCAUACGGGUUAAAGUGGAACCCCGAGGUGGAACAGCACGUAGGAAGAGCAACAAAGGGCCUUGAACAGGUGAUGAAGGGUGGCAUGAAGAUCGACACUGAUAGCCUAGCCAUGGCUUUGACGGGGAUGGCAAUACAAGAAGAAAGAUUUGGCAGUAAGCAGCAAGCCAGAGGAUACGUAGACCAGGCUGUCCAAAUCCUCCGUUCCAGGUCGGGAUCUAAUCGUGUUGCUGAAGCACUGUUACAUUAUGUGCAGUUCAUGUUGAUGCCGCUUCAUCCAGCAGUUCCCGAAGAUGGCCAGCAAUGGUUGGUCACAUUCCUUCGAGGAGCAGAAGAAUUGAUGCUAGAGCAUAGUUCCGAUGCGUAUCUAUCGUCCGUUCCUCAGCGUCGCUCUACGUUUCAAAUGGACAGCCCUUUGUUUCCGUUGCUGUCCAGCGGGCCUCGUCCUUCCCAUGUUCCGCUUCAGUCACGUAUAUACAUUAUAACGAAGACUGCGCCGACGCAGGAGCUCACCCGUACUGCGGCUCUGAUAUACAUCACAGCCGCCCUCUGGGAUUUCCAGGGUUCUCCCAGCAAAACCGGUCGCUUUCUCGACCAUCUACGCGCGAUUGUGAAAAAUCAUGAGCUCGACAGAUUUCCCGCAUGCGAGUCCUUCGUGUGGCUCCUCCUCCUCGAGGGAUAUGAAGCCGACCUGCAGGAACCUGAGAGAAGCUGGUCUACGAGCGAGCUGUUGAAAUUAUAUAAACAGCUUCAGCCGGAACUCCAGUUCCUUUUCACUCUAUGCCAGAGGUCCAGGAAGAACCUUAAGCUACACCCGACCCGGGUUACUAUUUUUUUCAUGUACAUUUACUCUCUUGACCUCCUCUCAGGACGACACAACACUUCGACGGUUUGCGGGCAGCCGUUCGCCCAUCUCAUCUAA